UUCGGCACUCACUCUCUGCAGCAAUGGUCUGCUGCAGACAGAUGACCAGAGGAUCGCAGUGCCCAGUGGAACACCAAGAAGAACACAGCUCAAACUGCACGAGAGGGACCGGGACUGUACCAGGCACUGGGGCUGGGGGGUGCUCAUGAUGCGAGAAUAGGAGGGGGGGCUGUUCCAUUGCAUGCUGAUGAGCAAGUAAAGUGACAAGGGGCUUCAACGUGAACCAUGAUGAACAAAGACAAAUCUAGGAAGGCCUUUGCACUUCACCUCUGCCUCCUCUUCACCACGCUCCUCAUCGCUGUCCAGAUCUACAUGGAGUUUAGAAGCCCCCAGUCUUCUUCCUUUCUUGGUAGACUGCCCACUCCCGACGGCCAUGGUGUCCCUGACCUGAGCAGAGACCAGGGCAGGAGAAGAUCUGGAGGAAGAGGUGCAGACCAGGUGGACUUGAGCAGAGACAUGGUUAUCAAGAGGCAGGUGUCAUAUGUGAGGAGUCUGCAGAGGAACCCAGCAGUCAUGACAGCAGUGGGAGGCACAGAGAGCCCAGAGAAGCUGGCAGACUGUUGCCCUGUCCAGCACAAGCACAGAAAGUCCCAGCGAUGGCACAUUGACUUGCAGCCUUGGGCCAAUCCGAAUCAUUCCUUGGAGGAUGAAGCAAAGCGAUUCCUGGAUUAUAUCACUAGUCCUCAGCAGAUUUCCUGUGGAAAUGCACUGGAGAACGGAGUGAUUAAUAACCCCUGGAUCACAGGGUCGCCCUGGCUGGCCUGCCUGGAUGGGAGAUACAGCCUGGCUCAGCAAAUUAAGAAGAAACAAUGCCGAGUGUAUUCCCUGGGGCUGGGGAGCGAGGACAAGCAGUUGGAAGUGAACUUGGCCAAGGCAGGCUGUGAGGUCCACUGCUUCAACCCCAGUAUCAAAGUGCCACAUGUUCAGGAGGCCCAGCGGCUCUGGCAUCACCGACUGUCUAUCGACUGGAGGGACCCCAACCCUGCCAUCUCGCCAAACAAACAGCACAGCAACACCAAAAAGCUGGGCGCCAUCUUGAAUGACUUUGGCCACAGAAAGAUCGACGUUCUCAAGGCCGACAUGGAGAGUGCCGAGUGGAAGAUCCUAGAGAACCUGGUUCUGGAGAACGUCAUCGAUAAGAUCGGGCAGCUGCUGUUUGAGGUGCAUCUGCACUGGCCCGGGUUCGAGGUGAGCGGGGACGACAGCACGGUCGUGCGGUACUGGUACAGCCUCCUGAAGGAGCUGGAGCACAGCCACUUCCGCCUCUUCCACAGCCACAGGGAUGACAGCAAACCCCAAGUGUUCCUGCAGAAGAACCUCCUCAAUGCCAGCAGCAGCUACACCCUGAGCUGGGUGAACACCAAGUGGAGGCACCAGUAAGCGUGCAGUCAGAUUGUCCAGGGCAGACAAAGGGGUGGUUGAACCUGGCCUCCAAUUAGGCAGGAAAGCGAGGUAAUUUCACUUGUUCAUGGUGUAACUCAUUCUUGCAGCAGGACUGUGUUGAGGGCAGAGCUUUCUUUUAGGAAGAACUUGCAUCUAUCAAUUAAUAGUGGAAAGGUACAAAUGGAGAAGAUUACCAAAAAAAAUAACACUUGGCACCCUAAUGCAAAAUUCAAGCAUGGAAAAAGCCUUGAAUUCACAUCUUAAUAAGAAGCAGACUGCAUGCUUGAUCAAGCUCCCCAUUUUGGUGUUUUUCUGCAACAGCCUUCCUUUGAAGUUACCUUAAAUUGUUUUCAGUGAAGCCAGCAGGCAGCAAAGGUUGCAGAUGUCUAUUCAGCUUGGCAUCGGAAUUCAUGUGACUGGUAAAGCCGCGCUUCGCAUCCAGCUCAGCAUGUGCGUGCGCAAGCAGCACGGUCCCUUGAUGGAGUCAUUCUUAAAAACUAAACCUGCUUGCAAUAACGUGUCCAUAGAGCAAGCCCAGAAAGCAUGGCACAGUACCUCCACUUUUGAGGGAGGGGUGAUUAUGAAACGCCAGUGUUUUGUAGUUUGUUUAUUUGUUUGUUUUUUAAUGCCAACAGAAUGCAGAUGAAUGGAGCCCUUAAAUGGACACCUUAAGGUUAGUUUUAUCACACAAUGUUUUCACAGCCUACAUAGGCUCACCAUUCAAGUGCCAUAAAAGGGGUUGACAAUAUGUUACAAGCAAAUAAACCUCUUUACUGUUUUACUGAUUGUACACUAAAAGCCCAUUCACUACCAGGUCAACUUUAAAUCAGACUUCUCUCCAUUGACUGAGCUUCACAGGUAACUGUUCCAGUGAAAUCUUAUUACGUAGCAUGGACAUUACAUGCAAAAACGUAUUAUUUCCAAUAAAAUAUUAAGAACAGUCAUUCAAUGGAAUAAGUCUGAAUGUUUUGUCUAAUAGGUUGACAGUAAAAGAAAAAGAAAAAAAAUCAUGUACCAUUUACUGCGUGGCUGUGACAGCAUCUGGAUAGUAUCAAAGUAAGCCUCCUGGAGUUUCCACAACACACUGCCAAAGAAUGAGUGAAUGUUUCACUCAUCACACUGCCAAAGAAUGAGUGAAUGUUUCACUCCUCAGGCCUAGACAAUACAUUCUCUUCCCUUUGGAGGACAAAAUGUAAAGUGGUCCUUUGUGAUUAUUAAAUUGUUUUUCACUGGUCACUAUUUGGGGAUUUUUGAAACAAAAAAAAAGCUUUCUUUUAACACCGAGGUUUUUUUUUUUCAGUCCUCAUGGCAACCUCAAAUUUAAUUUAAAAAGCUUUUGAUGUAGAAAGGUGAAGCCAUCAUGCAGGCUGAGCAUUACAAAACAUUCCACCACAUUCAGGCCCCCUUGCAUUACACUGAAACUGAACUGUUUCAGCACUGCAGACCUGUCUAUUAAAACACAUCGACUCUCAACAGGACAGGCAACUAAAAUCAGUUUUUGGUACAAUAAUUACUAUUUGUUUUUAAUGAGUUGUUAAAUUAGCAUUAGUUUUAGUUUCUCUUUUGGUAAAAAAAAAAAAACCCAACAACAAUUAACACUCAAGUAACAAGACCAAACCUGUCUAACCAAUCAAUAUAUAUAUAUAUAUAUAUAUAUAUAUAUAUAUAUAUAUAUAUAUAUUACUUGCCAACACCAAUCAGUACAUGUUUUUGAAUCCGUUUCUAAGGUUACCAGUGUGUGUCACAGGUGGGUUACCUGCAAGGCAGCGCAUGAACAUGAAGGAGACUGUUUUGAGUUUGAUUUGGCUUUUGUAUAACUCUCUUUUUUUUUCCUCUGUGAAGUGCCCUGGGAUACUUGUUAUGAAGGGCGCUGUAUAAAUGAAAUGUUGUUGUUGUAACAUUUUAAAAAAGUUUAAAGUGAGAAUUUAUCGGAAAUUAACUUUCAGAUAUAAAAAGUUAAAGAACAAUUCAAUUCAUAAUGAAACUCAAACGUUCUAUAUGAUUAUCAUUUAUAGAAGGUUCUAUGACGUUUGCCAGGAGAGUGCAUAUUGAUUAACCUUAUCCCAAGUUUCCAUCUGCAUCAUGACUCCAGUCUGUAAAAGUCAUCAUACUGCACGAACUGAACUGAUUAACUGAACAUUAUACAACUGUCAAAGAUCACAUUUUUGUAUAAGUUCAUAUUCAUAAAUAUCUUAAUCUAAUAUUUCCCUGAUAAUAUUAAUUGAUAGACCUCCAUUCUGUAAACACCCUCCUGUAUCAUCCUUCAGACGGGACACUCAUUAGCAGGGAUCCUAGUUUUCCGCAAUAAAAAUGAAAUUCUCCGAAAAUUAAAAAAAUGAAGCAUU